GGGUGUGGAAGUCGCUCCAGGGGUCACUGGGAAGUGUAGUUUUCCAGACAGAGGCACUCAGAGGGAGGGUCACGGUAGGGCCAGGCACUUUUCUCGGGAGCUUCUACGUGUUUUAUGCACGUGGUUAAGAAAAAAGAGGGAGAAUUCAGGUGCCACAGCGGCCAUUCUCCAGUGACCGGAGCGUGUUACUCAGAAACGGAUCCGUCAGAGGCCAAUGGGAGCUGCCGGCCGUCAGGGCCCGCCUGGUGGCGCCGAGCAUCCUGGGAGGUGUGGUCCGGGCGUGGUGCCGAGGAUUCGGGGUAGUGUAGUCCUGGCGCCCCGCUGGAGGAGCUCCCCAGCUGGUGGCUGGAGCGACCCCUUGUUCUUUGGUGGCGCUGGCACACAUGGCAUUCAGGGAUGUGGCUGUGGAUUUCACGCAGGAUGAGUGGAGGCUGCUGAGCCCUGCUCAAAGGACUCUGUACAGAGAGGUGAUGCUGGAGAACUACAGCAACCUGGUCUCACUAGGAAUUUCAUUUUCUAAACCAGAACUCAUCACCCAGCUGGAGCAAGGGAAAGAGACCUGGAGAGAGGAGAAAAACUGUUCACCGGCUACCUGUCCAGCAGAUCCAGAGCCAGAACUCUACCUCGAUCCUUUCUGCCCUCCUGGUUUCUCCAGUCAGAAAUUCCCCAUGCAGCAUGUGCUGUGUAAUCAUCCCCCCUGGAUCUUCACAUGCUUGUGUGCAGAAGGUGACGUCCAGCCUGGGGAUCCGGGCCCAGGGCACGAGCAGAAGCAGCCACAAGCCUCUGAGGGGAGACCCUGGAGUGAUGAAGCAGAAGGUCCCGGGGGAGAAGGCGCCAGGCCUUUGUUUGGAAGAACAAAGAAAAGGACUCUGGGAGCGUUCUCCAGGCCACCCCAGAGGCAGCCAGUCACCUCUCGGAACAGCCUCAGAGGGGUGGAGUUAGAAGCCAGCCCAGCUCCAACGGGGAACCCUGAGGAAACCGACAAAUUGCUGAAGAGGAUAGAAGUCUUAGGAUUUGGAACCGUCAACUGUGGAGAGUGUGGACUGAGCUUCAGCAAGAUGACAAACCUGCUCAGUCACCAGCGAAUACACUCAGGGGAGAAGCCCUACGUGUGCGGGGUAUGUGAGAAGGGCUUCAGCCUAAAGAAGAGCCUCGCCAGACACCAGAAGGCACACUCGGGGGAGAAGCCGAUUGUGUGCAGCGAGUGUGGACGAGGCUUUAACAGGAAGUCAACGCUAAUCAUACACGAGCGGACACACUCCGGCGAGAAACCUUACAUGUGCAGUGAGUGUGGGCGAGGCUUCAGCCAGAAGUCAAACCUUAUCAUACACCAGAGGACACACUCCGGGGAAAAGCCUUACGUGUGCCGGGAGUGCGGCAAAGGUUUCAGCCAGAAGUCGGCUGUCGUGAGACACCAGAGGACACACCUGGAGGAGAAGACCAUCGUGUGCAGUGACUGCGGUCUGGGCUUCAGCGACAGGUCAAACCUCAUCUCUCACCAGAGGACACACUCUGGGGAGAAGCCCUACGCCUGCAAGGAGUGUGGGCGAUGCUUCAGGCAGAGGACCACCCUUGUCAAUCACCAGAGGACACACUCCAAGGAGAAGCCCUACGUGUGCGGGGUGUGUGGGCACAGCUUCAGUCAGAAUUCAACCCUCAUCUCUCACAGGCGGACGCACACCGGGGAGAAGCCGUAUGUGUGUGGGGUGUGCGGGCGAGGCUUUAGUCUCAAGUCACACCUCAACAGACACCAGAACAUACACUCAGGGGAGAAGCCCAUUGUAUGCAAGGACUGUGGCCGGGGCUUCAGCCAGCAAUCCAACCUUAUCAGACACCAGAGGACGCACUCAGGGGAGAAGCCCAUGGUGUGUGGGGAGUGUGGGCGAGGCUUCAGCCAGAAGUCAAACCUUGUUGCACACCAGAGGACGCACUCAGGGGAGAGGCCGUAUGUGUGCCGGGAGUGUGGGCGAGGCUUUAGCCACCAGGCGGGUCUCAUCAGGCACAAGCGGAAGCACUCGAGGGAGAAGCCCUACAUGUGCAGGCAGUGUGGACUGGGCUUUGGCAAUAAGUCAGCUCUCAUCACACACAAGCGGGCUCACUUGGAAGAGAAGCCUUGUGUGUGCAGAGAGUGUGGCCAAGGCUUUCUCCAAAAGUCACACCUCACCUUACAUCAAAUGGCACAUAAGGGGGAGAAGCCGUAUGUGUGCAAGACGUGUGGGCAGGGCUUCAGCCUCAAGUCUCACCUCAGCAGACACAGGAAGACCAAGUCUGUGCACCACAGACUGCCACUGCAUCCUGACCCUGAGCCGUGUGCGGGGCAACCUUCCGAUUCCUUAUACUGUCUCUGAAGGCAAAGAUGGGGACAAGGACUAACAGUCAGAAUGUUGACACUUUGAUGAAAUAGAGAAAUGCAUUCUGUAAGUGGUCAAAGGAUGUUUAACUGUUUACUUUCCCCACACUAAGUCUUCUCCAUGUUUUGUGGCCUUCGGUUGUAAUAAACUUGGCUUCUUUAUACAUCUGUAA